AUGCUGGGUCGCUUACUCGCUUACUCGAUAUCGCUCGCUGGCACACAGGCGCUGCCUCAGAGUUUCGUUCUGGAUAUGGGCCGCAUCGAUGGCGCCGUGCUGGACUCGCCUCCAGGACCUUUGUUCAAUACUACCACUCGUGCUUUCGGCUGGCCUACAACGCUCCAGACAGCUUCCACUUCAAGAAUAACCUCCCUUCCUGUACAGAGUCUGGCAGCCAACUCGUUCAUAAUCGCAAAUGUCAGCAGCACCCGCACCUGCCUCACAACCACCACCGUCAUGAUCACGCUUCCCAACCCCACUCUCCGGCCUACCUCCACCUUCGAGCGAGACGAUGACCAGGGCGCUCUUACAGAUGGUGAGCCAGAUGCUACUCCCUUCGAUACCGCCACCGCGAAGCCGUUCUCCAAGUGGCCGCACUGGUUCACAGCCGCGACCUUCACGCUCGUGUGCUACGAUAUCCUGACGCUGGGUCUCCUCUUAUGGUUGUGGGUGUUUGGGUAUCUUUGGUGGUUCCACGGAAGAAGCGACGGAAAUGAAUCCGCGUGGCGGAGGAGGGGAGGGUUGAGUGGAAUGGAGAUGUCCAGGAUAGGUAUGGCGGAAAGGUAUGACGGGCGCUACGAAAGAGAGUGGGACAUGGUGUCAUUGUAG